CCCCUCCCUCUGUGCUUCUUCGGUGCCUCUCCGUCCGCCCGCCCGCAGCAGUCUCCUUCACGGCGAGCUUUCACUACAGAGAUGGCUGUGAAAGUGUGUAGAUCAGUACUCCUCUUGUCCCGAAGCAGCGGAGCGGUGGCCGGCAGCCGCCCGGCACUUGUUGUGUCUUCACAGCGGCAUCAUCAGCAUAUAAGACCGCAGGACGUACUGUCUGCUCCUUUCCCCCAUCAGACUGUCAGGAGAGCACAUGGCCUACGGUCAGCAACCCACUCCACACUCUUCACCCAGCCUACCAGUGCCCUGUCUCCACAGGUUUGGAGGGGCGCCCCCUCAUGGCACGGCCAGAGACUGUUGUGUUCCUCUGCAGCUCCAGAGCAGGUGACGGUGGUGUAUCAGAACGGGCUGCCGGUGAUCUCAGUCAGUUUGCCGUCCAGACGAGAGCGCUGCCAGUUCACCCUCAAGCCUCUCAGCGACUGUGUGGGAGUUUUCCUCCAACAGCUCCAGGCAGAGGACAGAGGCAUCGACCGGGUCGCCAUCUACUCUAUGGAUGGGGCGAGGGUUGCCUCCUCCACAGGAAUAGACAUCCUGCUGCUGGAUGAUUUCAAGCUCGUUAUUAACGACACCACACACCUCGUUCGACCACCGAGGAGAGAGCUGUUGCCCCACGAGGAGGCGGAAAAGUUGAAUGAUGUCAAGUUUCUGGUGCAGCAGCUCUAUACCACGCUGCGCAUCGACGAGCACCAACUUAGCAAAGAGCGUGAGCUAAUUGGACGACUGGAGGACCUGAACUCACAACUCCGCCCCCUAGAGAAGGUGAAGGAGGAGUUGAGUAAGAAGGCAGAGCGACGCACCACCUGGGUGUUGUGGGGUGGCAUGGCGUAUAUGGCAACCCAGUUUGGUAUCUUGGCCAGGCUAACCUGGUGGGAGUACUCCUGGGAUAUCAUGGAGCCGGUCACCUACUUCAUCACUUACGGCACCGCAAUGGCCAUGUAUGCCUACUUCGUUCUAACACGUCAGGAGUACGUUUAUCCCGACGCCAGAGACAGGCAGUAUCUGCUGUUCUUCCACAAGGGGGUGAAAAGGACACGCUUCGACAUUGAGAAGUACAACAAGCUGAAGGAUGAUAUCGCUGAGGUGGAGUUAGAUCUGAAGCGUCUACGGGACCCGCUCCAGCUCCAGCUCCCGAUUCAGCAGCUCACCGACAGCAAAAAUUGAUGGGAAGAGUGACCUCCCCCUCGCUCAGCUCCUGCAACCCACUUUUUUCCUCUUCUCUUCUGCUGUCCUACACCCUUCUCCCUCUUUCCCAUCCAUUCCUCUUAGAGUCCCCCAUCCCUGCAUCCCUCCUGCACCCGAUAAUCCCAUCCCUUUCUUCUCUGACGGAGGUUGGGUUUUUUUCUCUCUUUUUUUUCCUUUUCUUUUUUGGGUUCUUCUUUUUCUUUUCCCGACUGGAACCUCUAGUCGGAAUUGCAAGCAAAAACUGCUAAAAGGCGAAAAUGAUAGGAUGGUGAGAACAUCAAGAACUGAAAACGUCUCACAGCUGAUGGAUGCUGGGGAUGAUGGAAAAGGAAGAUGAUGACGAUAACAUUAAAUUGGCCACUAUGGAUAUGCCUCAAGUCUCCAGAGGGACAGCCUGCAGGUAACUCCAGGGAUGACACGGGAAUUACUACACCUGUAGAACACUCCGCGACAAGGAACACGCAGCAGGGGCAGCUGUGUGUGUGUCUGCGUGUGUUGGCAGGACUUUCAGGCUACCUUGGGACACCAACCUUGGCUGCCCUGCGGGUUACCACGGCGACGCAGUCCUUCUAUCUCUAGCGGUCAAACUGUCGACACACACGCCUCCUCUUGGACGGGGCAGGCUGCGAGGACACGUUUACAAGAAAUCCCGACCGCAGUCACACCAUCGGGAAGACCUUCGCUUUUCCUGUGGCCGACUCCUGCUGCCUCUCCCUCUUGGAGCCGCGCCUCCUCCAGGUGACGGACAGCUGUCGCAGAUUGACCUUCGUGAGGAGCCCGUCUCCACUCGCAGGAUGCAGGAUUGAAAACGCCUCAUAUCCUCUUCCUGUUUUAACGUCCUGUAGCGGCCCAGCCUGCGCAAGUAUGACAGUACUACCGACAACAACAUCACUGUGUGUUCUUUUAUUCCAAAAAAACGAAAAAACAAAAAAAAAAUGAUAAAAAUAUUUUGGCACUUUUUAUUUUGAAAGCCAUAGUAUAUUUGUUAUGGAAAAAUAUGAAUAUAUAUGUAUACAAUCAAAUAAACCAGAUGACCAGAGGCUAGUUUUUUCAGUGGGGGGGAGGAGCUCUCAUACAACAAACCUCUUUGUUUUUAAAAAAAAAUUUUGGCAUCAAACAACCCAUCUUACACCCUCUAAAGAUCUCCUGCCAUGAAGGAAGCCCGCUUAGACGCACACUUAGUCGCAUACGCACACACACAAAAAGCAUCGCUCUGUAUGCAGUACAUACAUUAAGCUACCAGUUUUUAUGCAUUUUCAUGGCAAAUGCACACUGUAUAUGCCACAGUAACAGCAUUCAGGAUGGAUGUAAGGCUCGUUUGCAUGGCUGCCAAGGGGAUUGGGGGGGGAAUCCAAAAACAAGGGUGAGGUUUGACUUCUUUAAUUAUGUGAAUGCAGGAAUUGCUGUAGAAACGCUUAACAUAACGGCAAGGUUGAAAUCUUUACCGAUCAUUGCCUCAGACAAACUUACAGGCAUGUUAAUAUACUUGAUGAACUGGCUUCUACAAAAACUUCUUUAGUGGUUUGAGGUUUUUAGUAAACUCCCUGCAGCUCAGUAACCAUUUUCUCGCCAUCGUAUGUUUUUUUUUCUUUCUCUUACCAAAUGAAAUCACAAAAUAAAAGCUCCAUCCAACAACAAAACAAGUGUCAUGGCAUUGAAGUCAUAGAGGUUUUCUCAUUCAGAAACAAAUCCAGAGUUUUCUCCUCCCACUGCUGCUGUAAUGCCCCUCCCUCCCUGCUCCCUUGAUGGCAAGGCGGGGUAGACUGCAUGCUGUGGUAUGCCCUCAGUAGAAAUCUGUGAAUGUGUAGGAGCAUUAUUGCAAUUUUGUACUUAAUUGGACACCUUUCUUUUGCACAUUUGCUAAAGAGUCAUCCACAUCAAGCUGAAGUCUUAUUCAGAGGUUGUACAAGCCAUAUAUUUAUGUUGUCCAUUUUUAUUUAGGGGGGAUGGUCAUGGAAUAAACCUUUGCCAGCUUCACAUAUAAAUUUAUGUUCAGGCCGAGGGUUGGUGGCCUUUUCUCCCCCCCAUAAUCAUCUCUAUAGCUUCUCAAAGCCAGUUAUCUUCACUUCUGCAGAGGGGAAGCGCACGUAGACUCCAGCUCCAGAUCAUCCUGUGCCUGUGUGUGAACAGUCGUCAAAAUCCUACUGAUGAGAUGCUUGUGUUAAAAUACAGAUUUUAUAUUAAAAUGCAUGAUUUUAGGGUCAAAUCAAAGGUUAGACAUGCAGAUCUCAAGGCAGGAUUUUUAGUCAAAACUGUUACCGUGUGUGUGUGUGUGCGUGUGUGUGUGUGUGUGUGUGUGUGUGUGUGUGUGUGUGUUUUACUUCCCAGGGAAAAGGUGCCUUUUGGAUCAUUAAUUAUUUAAACUUUUUUGACAAUGUAGCAAUUUGGUGAACGGCAACAUGAUACAUGAUAGGAAAAACUAUAAGAAGAGAAAGUUAAUCUCUCUUUUUUUUUUCAUGAAGAAGGGUUAAAUUUCACUCUGUGGAAGUGGAAAUCAUUUUUUUGCUGUGUGUGUGUUUGUGUACAUGAGUGUUUGUUUGAACCUGCAUGUGAUGUGCACACAGAGCAAAAGUGCACAUCACCAUAUUCAUGAGUCCUUUGCUCCUAAUUGCCGCUUGUCAAUAGCGCUAAAAAUCAAUUUGGCCCUCAUCCCGCUUUACGGCCGUCAUCAGUUUUAAAUUCAUCUGUCCUGAACACACACACACACACACACACACACACACACACACACACAAUAGAAAAAGGUGUUUCCUUGGAGAUGUUCUGCGGAAGGUGAGAGUCCUCCCCUCUGCUGUUUCUACACAACACCUCCCUCCAUCAUCAUCACCGCCUCCUCUUUCUGUUUUCAUGCCAUCCACCGUUUAUUGCCUUUUUUUAAAACUUUUUUUUUUAAAACAAAUAUAUCAAAUAUAGGGAAACUUUAUUCUAAAGAGGGUGUUGCAUGAAUGUAUGUUUACAUGGGAAAUAUGUUAAAAAAAUAAAUAAAAAAAGAUGAUUUAUCAAAAUAACUGCAAAGAUAAUUUAAGAACGUUGUUUGUAGAGAUUCCUAGUUAUAAAGGGCAGCGGGCGGGGUUGCGUCUUUAGAAUCUGCCCUGCCAAAUCUGAUUUAAAUCCCAGCCAACCAAAUGCUCAAAGCCCAUCUUCACAUUGUUUACUCCCUUAAAUCCCUUCCCUCAGCUCCCCAAUAAAUGAAAAAAAAAAAAAAAACCACCUAUAAAAGAGGUUUUAUGACCUCUUGUCUUGGAGUCCAAAGUAAAAGUGGCAGGUGCAUUCUCUUAGCUUAUUGGGGGCUAUCUCCGGUUCUUAUCCCUCCGGUUAUUCUUUUUCAUCAACCCCCAGCCUUUUUUCUUCUUCUCCAAAGUCACAUUAUUACAAUAUGUUUUGAAUUUGUUAAGUUCUGAAUUUGUUGUUUUGUUUUUUUUGUUGUGUGGGUGUGAGCACUUACAAUAAGAUUCGUUUAAAAUGCCUGAAGAAUGAAGCAGAUUAUUGGGUUGAAAAUGAUCUCGUACUUCAUUCUGACCUCUUAUUUACUUUUUCUUUUCUUCUGUUGACAUGAUGCUGUAAUGUUGGCAAAAAAAAAAAACAAAAGAAAAAAAGGAAAGAAAAUGUAAAAUCCUGUAUCAUUUAUGAAAUAUGUAUAAAAGAGAAAUGUAAUUCAAUUAUCAAUAAAAUCCUUAUCCAGUUUUUGGAA